CCCUUUCGUCCAUCCGCUAGCGACGCGCGUCAAGGCGGCUAUGGCGAUUUGGGUGUUCGGCUACGGCUCACUGGUGUGGCGGCCAGGCUUUGCUUCCUCUGCGCGUGUGCCCGGGCACAUACGCGGCUACCGACGCGUCUUCUACCAAGGCAACACGGACCACAGAGGCACGCCGGAGAAGCCGGGGAGGACAGUGACGCUGGUGGAGGAGAAAGACGCCGUUACUUACGGCGUUGCGUAUCGCCUUGCGGGGGACGAGCAUGAGCAAAACGGGACUCUCCAGUAUCUGCUGCAUCGGGAGAAGGAGUACGACCAGCAGGUGGACAUUGACUUCCACACUGACCCAUCAGAUUCCCACCCGCCCGUCAUUCGAGUCCUGGUUUUUAUUGCAUCAGAUAACCCAGUGUCCAACCCAUACUACCUCGGCCCAGCGCCCCUUGAAGCCAUGGCAUGGCAAAUAGCGACAGCGAGUGGGCCCUCAGGGCCCAACUCAGAGUACCUGCUGAACCUGCAGAGGGCGCUCAGUGACCUGGGUGCGUGUGACCCCCAUGUGGAUGCGCUGGCUGCUCUCGUCUCAACCAUGCUUCUUCACGUCACCACCGCCGUCGCCAAUGCCGCCAGCACCACCACAGCCAUUGCCGCCGCUGCCUGUACCGCUGCUAGCACCACUGGCAACGGUGCCAACAGCUCUUCCACUACGUGUCCGAAAGUGCAUGAACAUGCUCACAGCUGGCAGCGGGAAUGCACAGGCACUGCUGGAUGUGAAGCGUGCACAUGCACCAAGGCACAGGGGCAGGCGGCGCUGGGGCUGAUUGUGGAUGCUGCUGUUGCACGUAUGGCGGGCUGUGAAGUCUUGGCUGCUCACAUCAGCCAAAACUCACAACCACUCUCCAGUCCAUGAUGGCCUUGCGUUGCGGUGUCUAUGGUAGCAGAUGAGACAUUUUGGGAGUGCUGUUUUAUGGGUGUUCAGCUGCGUCAAGUUCUUUUGCUUGAGGUCUUACUUAGGUGAC